UGUCAAAGUGAAAACUACAAAGUCAACAUUCAACAUAAACACAUUAUCAACGAUCAGUGUGAGGAUAUUUCUCGAGUUUUUUAAUUUUUCUAUAAAAAACAGUGAGAAAUAACUUUUGCCUCGUAAAAAUUGAAUUCUAAAUUGAAAAUAAAGUCAAGUUUAAUAGUGUUUAGUUCCAUUUUAGGACGCGCGUCAUUUGGAGUGAGAAAUAGCGUUCCUUUUUGAAGUUUAUUCGACCUUUUUUGGAAAAUAGUGAAACGAAUGUUGAUUUGAAUAGCUCGACGAUGAUAUUAAUAGUGAAUUUUCGAAUUGGAGCAAUAAUUGAUGGUGAUGGAAUGAUUUUCGAGGCUGCCCAUUUUGGCGGGUGACGUGUUGUUUCUGUUUUUGAUCGACUAUAGUCGUCGACGACGACGAUAACGACGUUGUCGUGGGGAGGGGCGGGCGGCCUUCGCGGUUGGAAAGCACGCGCCGUGAAAGAAGAACACGUGGUGUGUGACACAGGGCAAGGAUACCUAGUUGUCAACUAUUCCCGACGAUGUUUCAAUGGUGCAUAUAUGUGAUCCUUGAAGGCGCCUGUCCAGUAAAUAUGAGAUCCUCCGUGGUCAGUUUUCAGCGUUAGGGGGGCAAUGCACUGUGGGAAGUAUUUGCGACACGCGCAUGCGCAUUUCAGUUUACAGUUGGAGUUUGGAAGAAAAUGGCGUCAGCUAAGUUUCUGGAGGAAGCUCUCAGCACGGACGUCGACGAAUCCGCAGUAAACGCAAUUGUGGGUUCACUCGAGACGCAGUUAGUGACGUCGACGCCAACGGUUGCCGUUCAUCAGCCAACUUCCGUCGCGAUCAGUCAACAAAAUCACCAGGUGAACUCAACUAUUUCAAACGGGGGCACUAUCUCCGCUGUCGUACAGACACAGAAACAUGGGGUUGCCAACGGCGGCAGUCAGACCUCCGUUAACAGUCUGAUGACUCAGGAGGUUCCAAAAUCCAUCACGACGAGUACUCUACUCCCGGUAAAUGUCGUCACGACAAAUGCUGUCGCGCCACAAGUUACCGCACAGCAGCAGCAACAACAACAGCAACAUCUCCAACAGCAAAAUCAGUCCACAGUUGCAGCCACGUAUAUCAACCAGGUAACCUCAAAUCAAACAGUUCCUGCUCUUACCAAGACACAUGAACAAGUGAAAAUCAUUUACUCGGGUGCGGGACAAGUUAUCGCGACAACCGGAGUUGUUAACGCUAAUAAUAAAAUUACCUUCCCUGCCCAAAAUGUUGGGCAACUAGCAAACGGUACACUAGGUGUUACGACACAGACGGUCCUGCAGACGGCGAAUGUUGUCACAAAUACCGGCACAGUGGUUCAAGCUAAUACUCAGGGUGUUAAUGUGAAUAAACCAACAGGUACUGCUUUAGUGAUAAAGAGUAGUGCAACACCAGGUGGUAUGGUUUCCGUCCCGUUGUCAGUUCCCGUCUCUGUUGGUGGCAACGCUGUUAAUACGACUCUCCAAAGUAAAGCGGGAGUCACGUCGACAAUUGUUCCAAGUAAUAUGCAGAUUCUCAACAUGAAUACAAUAAGGCAAGGAACUCCUGUUGCGGGUCAGCAAGGUGGUAAACAAGUUGCACCAAGACUUGUCAUCGGUCAACCAAUGGUUGGAGCCAGACCUGGUGCUCCAAUAACGUUGCAAGCAUUCCAUGGUCUUCAGAUACAGGGGAAUUUAAUAGUAAAAACGGAGAAUGGACAAUAUCAAUGUAUAAGAGUGGCAGCUCCAGCAGCCGCUGCACCAGGAGGCACAGCUGUUACUCAAAAUAAUAUAGGAGGAAAUACGAUGGUUGCGACACCAACUGGAGGCACGACUUAUCGUCUCGCGUCUGUGCCGGUUGUAAGUAGGCUGAACACUCAGUUCACUGGCCCGCCACUCGCCACCCUAAGAAAACCCAUUCAGACGGCACAAGCAAGUGUGACUUCUGUUACUGCAAAUGCAACUGUUACUCAAUCGGCUCCGACCACUGUUCCUGUUACUACACCGAAUGCUAAUGUUACAUCAGUCCAAACAGGACAAACUCCUGCACAGCGUCAGACCACAGAUAAUACCAAAGAAAAGUGCCGUAAAUUUUUAGCAAACUUAUUAGAGUUGUCUAGUCGAGAACCUAAACAAGUGGAACGAAAUGUUCGGACGUUGAUUCAAGAAUUAAUUGAUACUAAAGUUGAACCCGAGACGUUUUGUGAUAGACUUGAAAAAUUGUUAAACGCAUCUCCUCAACCAUGUUUAAUCGGUUUCCUCAAGAAAAGUCUGCCUCUUCUUCGGCAGUCCCUCGUCACGAAGGAACUUGUCAUAGAUGGAAUAAGACCACCUCCUGCAAAUGUUGUUUUCUGUAUAGCUUCCGCAUCUCCCGCUACUGUACAACCUCAGUUAAGGAAUACUUUAGCCGUCUUUCCCGUACCAGUGGGGGCGGUUGCUACUGCGGGGACUCCGAUUCCCUCUGCGACUGCUGCCGCGACAACGCAAGUCAGGGUGAUGACACCUCAAAAUACUGUAACAACUGCCGUUCCAAGAGGAGUUCAACACGUCCAGCAAAGGCUGAUUCGACCAAUUACAACGGUGGCUCGUACCCAAGCAACCGCUAUUAGAUCGGCAAUGGCUGUUAGUACAAUUCGACCAUCGGCAACGGUUGUUCAGAAAACAGCAACGACAACUGUUCUCAAAACAAUCACUGCUGCCGCUCAGGGAAAAGCAGUUAAUGCGACUACUACGCUCAACAAACAAGUUGUAGUGCCUUCAGUUCAAUCAAAACCGACAAUUAAAGAAAAAGAGAAGAAAACAUUUUCCUCAGCUGGUUAUACGGGAGAUGAUGAUAUAAAUGAUGUCGCGGCAAUGGGAGGUGUCAAUCUUGCUGAGGAAUCUCAAAGAAUCCUUGGCUCCACGGAAUUUGUCGGGACUCAAAUUAGAUCUUGUAAAGAUGAAGCCUUUUUACAUUUAUCACCCCUACAGCAAAGAAUAAAACAAAUAGUGUUAAAAUACGGUUUAGAGGAACCAAAUCAAGAAGUAGCAACCUUAAUUUCUCACGCUGUACAAGAAAGGUUAAAAAAUUUAGUCGAAAAACUUGCAAUCAUAGGUGAACAUAGGGUAGACCUUAAUAAAAUGGAUCCUAGGUACGAAAUUUCACAAGAUGUGAGAGGGCAGCUUAAGUUUUUAGAAGAUUUAGACAGGGUAGAACGUAAGAGGCAUGAAGAGCACGAAAGAGAAAUGCUUCUGCGAGCUGCAAAAAGUCGCGCGAAAACUGAAGAUCCCGAGCAAGCUAAAUUAAAAGCGAAAGCGAAGGAGAUGCAACGAGCAGAAAUGGAAGAGUUGAGGCAACGUGAAGCAAAUUUAACAGCCUUACAAGCCAUAGGACCACGAAAAAAACCGAAACUCGAUACAGGCGGUGCAACAGCGUCGCCUGGCAAUGUUUCCGGUUUAAAUGCAGCAUCUUCAGGUGUAAAUCGACAACUACCAAUGAGACCGAGGGUAAAAAGGGUAAAUAUAAGAGAUAUGUUGUUUCUAUUGGAACAGGAAAAAGAUACGUGUCGAAGUACAACACUUUAUAAAUCGUAUCUAAAGUGAUGUUCUGCAAUGGGCAGGAACUCAAGUGACCCGCCCAUAAAAAGGCGAAUUACUUGUAUGGUCUUGUGUGAGCUGGUCUCAAUAGAUCUCAAAUUUCUUGACGCGCUAUUGGCACCUUUAAAAGUGCCUAAUAAAUUGCGUGCAAUUGAAGCUCGAUGCCAAUUGGCCUGGAGUUGUGUACACAUUUUUUUUCCAACAAACGUUAUUUGAAUGAAAAAAAAAAAACAAUAACAAAAAUGAAAAAAAACAAAAGCGUCGAUACUAAGCUUCCCUAACUAUUGUAAAUGACUGAAGUUUUUUAAGAUUGUAAUAUACAAGAAAUGUAAUAAAUUGUUCUUUAUUUUUUAACUCGAGAUCAUGUCUGUAUAAAGAGAGAAAAAGAGAGAGAAAGAGAGAUUGAUGUGUAUGAGCACAUCGUUAAUUUUUCUCUAAGGACAACAAAUUCCGUUGUUCAUUUAUCUAAAAGAGGUUGUAUUGCGCGCGAAUGUUUCCCAAAAAAAAUAAUAAUUAAUAACGAAUAAAUGAAUUGAACGGGUUUUUUUUAUGUAAUCGGUUUUUGUUUUGUAUAUGCCUGCUCUGCAUUGUAAUAUUUGACUUAUACUUUUGGACAUUGUAAAUCAUAUUUUUGCAACAAAAAAAUAAAUAAAUUUCGCGAUAAGUGUUAUCAUACCAAUUGAAUGUAGUAAAAAAAGCGAAUGAAAGGAAAAAAGAGAGAAAGAAAGAGAAUGAGAGAGAAAGCACUGUCCAAACAGUAUAGAAGAAAAAUAUUAUUUGUACAGUUUAAAUGACACAUAAAAAUAUUAUAGGAAUAAUUUUCAAUGUUGGUACAACAAAAUAUAGCUACUCAACUAUUCUCCAAUAUAAAAAAAAUGGAAUUGUUAUCAGUAUAUUAUGUUGUAAUCUACAUUUUCAGUGUUUAUAAAAAAAAAAUUAGCUGUUACGUUUUUUAUUAAAGAAAGAUUUACGAAACUAAGAAUCACGAAUAUUUUUUCGAUCAAAAUAUUAAUUUAUUAUUUAAUGAAAGAAAAAAAAGUAACUCGUUGCCGCUAUCUAGGAGAUAUGAAGAAUACUGCUUCAUGAAAAAAAUAGUGAAUUGAAAAAAAAAAUUAACAGAAUAAAAAAAAAGAAAAAAAAUGCGUGUACCUGAUUUGUAUGUAAAAAAAAGAUCCGCUCUGCUGAAAAUACGUGGGUGCCUAUUGUACAGAUUUUUCUUCUUUCUUUCGUUUAACGUCCAAUAUUCUCAAAAAAAAAGUUUGUCAAAGGAAAAAAAUUUUUUUAAACUAUCGACUGCAAAUCAAAUCAAAAAUAUAACAUUGUAAUUCAGUACGUUGCUUAAAUUGCAUGUAAAAAGUUCUUUUUACAAGAAAGCGCGUCAAAAAUAAAUUUUUUUCAAUGAAAAGAAAAAGAAAUAAAUUUUAUCACUGAAAAAAUUAAUAUUUUUUUUUUUCGAUAAAUAUAAAUGUAGAAAAGGGAAAAAUUGCGGCAAUAGAGUCUCGUUUAAAAGAAAGAAAAACGACAAAAAAAAAAAAAAUAAAAAAAAGUUUAACGAGAAAUUUUUAGUAGUGUAUAAAUAGGAAAGUUGACUGUAAAUAUAGUUAAUAAAUAUCGCGGCGACGUUUUAAUCACGCGAUUAUCAGAAAAUCUUCCCAUUAAAAAAAAAAGAAAUAAAAACGAUAAAGGAAGAUUCGAAAUCAUCCCUUUUUGUAAAUACAGAUCAUUUUUUCCAUUAAAACAAAACAAAAAAUUAUUUCUUGUCAACGCGAAGUACCAUUGUACUAUACCUUAAAACAUUUGUUGCGAUUACACAUUUAGGAUUUUUUUACACCGUGAGAAAGAUUAUUGCUCUUUAUACUGCCACUUUAUUGUGGAAUUUCACAAAGGAAAAAUGAAUAAAAAAGGAUGUGUAAAAAAAAAAAUUUACGGUAUAGCAGUUUUGGUACAGUACCUAUGCUAUUUUUACAAAUUGUAUUAAUAAGCAGUAGCCAGAGCAAAUAAAUAAAUAUGAAAAGAUUUAACGCGACCAAUUAA